AUGAGGGAUUACACGGGCAACAGUGGCGCAAUGGAAGGACGACUGGAGCUUCAAGUAACGGAGGGUUCGCUAUUGCAUGGGGGUAGCAGUGACGGGCGGCCGCGCGAAGGGGGACGGGGAGUCGGAGCGGGGAGGGGAGGCGCAGGGAUGGGAGGGGGAGGGGGGAUACUAGCUCGUGAGAUUUGGGUUUGGCGGAAACCAGGCGAGCGGAAGGAGUGGGGGGAGCAGGGAGCGGAGCAGGAGGGCGGCGGAGGGGAGAAGGGGCAGGCGGAGGGGUGGAGACGGGCGGGGGAGAGGGAAGGGGGAGAUUACGCGAAAAGGGCAAGAGGGCGGUCGCAAGGACGGGCUGAAGGAGGGGUGCGCGUGCGGGGGGGACGCGGGGGAGGGCGCGGUGAGGGGCGGGUGCGGGUGAAGGCAGCAACGUGGGAGAGCAUUGGCACGGGGGAGUGGGGGACGGGGGAGGAGGAAGCGGGUGCUGGAGAGAAGGGGGAUGGGGAGGAGGGUGCUGGGGAGAAGGGGGAGUGGGAGGUGACGGAAGUGGAGUUGAUGGAAUGGGAGGGGUUGGGGGAGGGAGCGGGGAAGGGUGUGGGAAAGGAGGAAGAGAAGGAGGAGGAGGGGGGGGGGGAGGAGGAUGAUGAAGAGGAGGAGGAGCAGGAGAACAAGGGCACGUGA